GUAAUUUACGAACCAAUUGUAAUUGUCGCGUGCUCUAAAAAAUGAUAAGGGGUGUAAAUAAAGUGACUUAACAGAAAGACUGAUCCACUUUCUUUGCUACGCCCUCAAUUACACAGGUUUGCAAAACCUAGUAAUUUAAUUAUUAAGAAGUUAUUUGCAAUUUUAAUUUUCUACAUUUAUGGGUCGUACCUGCUAGUGGUUUUAAGGAUUUUUCUCUAUUAUUGGUAUCGACUCAACUAGGUGUCUUGCAAAUUAUUUAGUGGUAUCGAUUUUGGUAUAAGAUUUUUUCUUUUUUUCAUAUUGCAAAAUUGUAUUGUUAUAUUGAUUUCAAAAAUGUCCUGAAGGAUUUCUGAACUUAUUGUGAUGUGAUGGCUCUUGCAUUUUUGUGUAACAAAUUGAAAAGUUCUGCUAGCCUUCUUCAACACUCAAGUUAUAUUAAGAGGAUUCCUAAUUUAAGUUUAGUCUUUAAAGGCGUUGUUGUUGAGCCAGCUGCAGAAAAGAUGAAAUUCCUUUAUCCUGAAGCAAGAAGGGAUGACAAUUUAAAAGAAACCUUCUUUGGAAUUGAGGUGGCUGAUCCAUACCGAUGGUUGGAAGAUCCAGAUAGUGAAGAGACUAAAAAUUUUGUUGAUGCUCAAAACAGCAUAUCUGAACCUUAUUUAAAAGGUUGUGUAGCUAGAGAUAAGAUCAAAGCUAGACUAACUCAAAUGUUAGAUUAUCCUAAGUACUCUCCUCCGGAAAAAGAAGGAAAUCAUUACUUUUAUUUUAUGAACACUGGUCUUCAGAAUCAUAGUGUACUUUACAUGCAAGAUUCUCUUGAUGGUGAAUCAAAAGUCUUUCUUGAUCCAAAUACUUUCUCUGAAGACGGAACAGUUGCAUUGACGUGGACAUCAUUUUCAGAAGAUAGUAAAAUUAUGGCAUAUACUAUUAGUAAAAGUGGCUCAGAUUGGUGCACAAUUCAUUUUAGAAAAGUUGAUACAGGAGAGGAUUAUCCAGAAGAAUUAAAGUUUGUGAAAUUUGGACAGGCUGCUUGGACACACGAUAAUAUCGGAGUUUUUUAUACUCGCUUUCCCGAAGUGGAAGGGAAAAGUGAUGGUUCUGAAACAAGCCAAAAUAGAAACCAGAAAAUAUAUUACCAUAAAAUUGGUACAAGUCAGGCUGAAGAUAUACUAGUCGUUGAGCUGGAUGAUCCUGAAUAUAUCUAUAGUGUUUAUGUUAGUGAUUGUGGAAGAUGGCUUGUUGUUUUACCUUUGAAAUUUUGUCACAACAAUCUGAUAUAUUUUUCUGAUCUCUCUACCCUUACUGAUGGCAUUAAGGGAAAGCUGGAAGUUACCUGCAUUGUAGAUAAAUUUGAGGCUGAUUAUGAGUUUGUUGCUAAUACCGGAAGCAAAUUCGUAUUUAGGACAAAUAGAAAUGCACCUAAUUAUAAGUUGAUUACAAUAGACUUUGAAAACUAUGCUGAAGAAAAUUGGGUAACAUUAGUUCCAGAACAUGCUUCUGAUGUACUGGAACAAGCAGUUUGUGUUGCUCAAGAUAAGCUUGUACUUUGCUAUAUUCGUGAUGUUAAGAAUAUGCUUGAUAUUCAUAGUUUGGUUGAUGGAUCUUUAAUAAAAAAAAUUCCAGGUCCUAUAGGAACUGUAUGUGCUAUAUCAGGAUCUAAGAAACACCCUGAAUUGUUUUAUACUUAUAUUUCAUUCACUAGUCCAGGGACUAUUUUCAGAUGUGAUCUCAGCCAAUCACCAAUUCCAGAUCCAGAGGUUUUCAGGCAAAUUACGAUUCCAGACUAUGACCCUUCCAUUUUCGAAGAAAAGCAGGUUUUCUACCCUAGUAAAGAUGGAACACAGAUUCCUAUGUUCCUGGUCCAUAAAAAAGGUAUGGAAAAAAAUGGAAAAAAUCCUUGCAUGGUUUACGGAUAUGGAGGAUUUAAUAUUAGCCUUUUACCAAUGUUCUCGACUAUCAGACUUGUUUUUAUUCAGAAUUUUGAUGGCAUAUUUGUUUCUACCAAUAUAAGAGGCGGAGGUGAAUAUGGUGAAAAGUGGCAUGACGGAGGGAGGUUGUUAAACAAACAAAAUUCUUUCGAUGAUUUCAUAGCUGCUGGCGAGUAUUUGAUUGCUGAGAAGUACACCAGUAAAGAUUUAUUGGCAAUUCAAGGAGGCUCUAAUGGUGGACUCCUAAUAGGUGCAUCUGUUAUUCAAAGGCCAGAUUUAUUUGCAGCAGGAAUUGCUCAAGUUGCUGUUCUAGAUAUGCUUCGUUACCAUAAGUUUACCAUUGGUUCAACUUGGGCCUCCGAUUAUGGAAAUCCUGAACAAGAAGAACACUUCAAGAACCUUAUCCAGUAUUCUCCUCUACACAACAUUAAAGUACCUGAAGACCAGUACCCUGCCCUUCUUCUUCUGACAGCCUCCCAUGACGAUCGGGUUGUACCUUUACAUUCUCUUAAGUUUAUUGCAGAAAUGCAUCAUAAAAUCAGGAACCAUCCUAAACAGAAAAAUCCUAUUAUGAUACAAGUGGAAACUAAAGCUGGUCAUGGAGCAGGAAAGCCUACAAAUAAAAGGAUCGAAGAGCAAGUUGACAUUUUAUGCUUUUUAAUGAAUUCAAUGGGAUUGAACUUUCGUGAAUAAAAGUUUUGAUGAUAUGAGAUAAACUUCUAUACUGCUGGUGGUUUUAUGAAAUCAUGCUAAGCAAACAAAAAAAAAAAUUAAAAAUAUAGAAUGCUGUCCAACGACAUAAUGGUUGUUACCAUUAUCUUCAUGAGAUGGGUUCAAAUUCAAACAAAGCCUGUUAAAUUGUUGUGGUGUUGAUACUGGGUCACCCCCAGUAGAUUUUCCACUUUUCUUAAUGCGGGUUUUACAAGGUGUAAUAUUUAUUUAUAGUACUUGUGUGUACCAUUGCCAUAUUCCUUUUUAGUAUUAUUAUUUUAUUUGUACAGUACAUCAGUUACUUAAUUAUUCAUUGUCUUACCUCCACUUUUAAAUUAUAAUUAAUUUUCAUUAAAUGUGUAUUUUCCUAAUUAACCUUAUGUCCAAAGUAACUUGUAUAGUACUAUAAGGUGAGUUUUUCUCGAGUUGUGAUUAUGAUAUUUUAAAAAGAAAUUUCCUUUGAAUUCAAAUUUAAUAAUUACUAUUAAUUUUUAACAAUUUCAUAUUAUUUUUUUAUUUAACUUGUUACUUGUAUUUAUAUCUUUCUUCUUACAAGUCAGAAACUGACAUUCUUUAGAUUAGGUUAGAUAAUUCAUCGAAAACAGUUUUUCUAUAACAUAUUAUGUAAGUAUUUGAUUUCCUUUUACUGUAAGAAUACAAUUGUUCAAAUUUUGAGAGUUGAUUGCGGAUACGAUUUUGCACCAGCUGAGCAACAUGUGGUUCUAGAAUCUCUCUUUUGUAAUUCAAAGCAGUUAAGUAGCCCUGGUCCACAAGAACCUUUUCUGUAGUAGAGUUUAAAUUUAUGCAUCCCCAAACUGUCAUUGAGCUUCCUCCAAAAGCAACCUUUGGAGAAAUAUACAAGUAGCUUACUUUUCCCCGCCUUCUCCACACUCUUUGGUUUCCAACUGGAGACUUUAGGCUGAAUAAUGCAUGGCUCCAGUCUUCCCGAGUCCAGUUUAGGUGUUCCUGGCCAAACCUCAAGCACUAUACUUGGUGUUCUCUGAAAAGAAGAGGUCCAGUUGCUGGAGAAUGAGUCGUCAAUCCAUAGUCGAUAAGUCGUCUUCUCACUGGUCCCUCUGAAAUUUGCACUCUCCUGAACCAUUGGAAGAGACAACGUAGACUGUUUCCUGUAGAAUGGCUAUCUCGAAGAUCGUGCAUUUAUAAAAGUCUGUUCUCAAGCCAGGAAGUUGACCUUGCUCAAUAUUUUCUCCUUCUGGUGUACCCUUCAGUCUCACAAACCUAAUAAUCAGAUUGUGACCGCUGAAGCCUCUGUGUAAAAAAAAACAUUUUAAUUCCUCUUCAGUCAAUUCCCUUCAGUUUGCCAUAAAAAUGUCCUAAAUUACUUCAUAACCAAAAACUGUUAUCAAAAAAAUGGUUUAAGCAUGUUAAAAUGUGUUUACAUAUUCAAGACUAAUAUAGAACUGUGAGCAAAAGUGCAAAAUAUGCUUAAGUUAUCUUUUUGGUUCUAAGGAGUGAUUAAUGUUUACAGUUUGAUGAUAUAAUUGAUAAAAGAUUACACUAAUUCCAUUUUGGUUCCAGAGAUAUAUUUAUUGGCAUUAUCAACAAAUUAUACUGAAAUUUUUAGGAUACCCUUUAAUUUUGUCCUGCAGUGUAUUAUGUUUAAGGAUAUCAUGACAUUGAAAUGCCUUUCAAAAUAAACAAACUUAUGUCAAUCCAAUCUUUUUGAUCUAUAGUUCAG